AUGGAUUUCACAAGUCGUGGUGAAGAAAAUCCUGCUUGUGGUUCAGCCAUCCCGCCUGUAGUCGUGGUUCCUGAGGAUGGACAAGGUAACGUUAGCCCUACUUCACUUGUUGAGAAAAUUUUUAACGAUCCAGAAGCUUUGACAAUGCUUCGCAAAGCAAUUUUAAACGAGGAAUCUGGUGAAGCGCUCAAGGCUCGCCACCCUCAGGAAAAAAAUGCUGGAGCGCUCAAGGCUCGAGAAACAGCAACAACUCUCGAAGGCCCGGCGACUAAAAGGCCAAGAAGGGCGGACAGUCCUCCCACAGUGGAGACUGAUGAGAAUGUAGAGUUUGAAGAGAAUUUCUUGGGCGAAAAUAAUGAGUCCUUUGAUAUUAUUGAUGACGAGGACGGGCAAGCCCAGUCUGCAUCUCGAUGGCAGGCGUCCGAAGAGUUGUCAUCCUUUUUGGAUACUAUUCGAAAACCAUUAUCUUCCUUUGAGAGGAAAAUUAUUUGUCGAAAAUAUCCUCGUCCAGACGUGGACUCUGUUUAUACACCAAAUUUGGAUGACUAUCUCACCAGUCUCGUCCCUGGAGUGAAAGCGGUAGACAAGCAAAGUAAAUUCCUCCAAGAUCGGCUGCUUGACACCCUUGGUCCAGUAAGCCAAUUGUUUGAACAUAUCUUUGGGAUGUUGUCUCAAUGUCAACCUGGCAAAACAAUUGAUUUGACAUAUGAACAGCUCAAUAAGUUAGGUAGCAUUUCUUCUAAUGCAAUACGUUUAUUGGGUAAUACAUCAGCCUUGUUAUCACAAGAGCGAAGGAAAGCUGUAUUACAGAAGAUCAAUUCACAGGGUACUGUGGCAUCUUUGGCAUCUGAAGAAUUUCCUCAAGCUUACGUAGCCUGUUUGGGGAAGGGUUUGAGGAAAGAAUCGUACCCGUUCUGA